GCGUGCAGAGGCGGCAGUGCCUGCUCUGCUGAGCGCCGAGCGGGGAUGGCGGCUCUGUGUGUGACUGGGGUCCGGCUGUGGAGGCUCCGGGCGGCCGAGGUUGAGGUGUGCUUGCGGCGGCUGCGUGGCUCGGGGCUGGCCCGGGCGUUUUUGCAGUCCACCUCGGCUCGCGAGAAUGCGACCCCGACGCGGCAGGUGGCUCACUUCACUUUCCAGCCUGACCCGGAGUCCCGGGAGUACGGGCAAACUCAGAAAAUGAAUCUUUUUCAGUCUAUAACAAGUGCGUUGGAUAACUCAUUGGCCAAAGAUCCUACUGCAGUAAUAUUUGGUGAAGAUGUUGCCUUUGGUGGAGUCUUUAGAUGCACUGUUGGCUUGCGAGACAAAUAUGGGAAAGACAGAGUUUUUAAUACCCCUCUCUGUGAGCAAGGAAUUGUUGGAUUUGGAAUUGGUAUCGCUGUCACUGGUGCUACAGCCAUUGCAGAAAUUCAGUUUGCAGAUUACAUUUUCCCUGCUUUUGAUCAGAUAGUUAAUGAAGCCGCCAAGUAUCGUUAUCGUUCUGGGGAUCUUUUUAACUGUGGAAGCCUCACUAUCAGAGCCCCAUGGGGCUGUGUUGGCCAUGGGGGUCUCUAUCAUUCUCAGAGUCCUGAAGCUUUUUUUGCCCAUUGCCCAGGAAUAAAGGUGGUCAUACCCAGAAGCCCUUUCCAGGCCAAGGGACUUCUUUUGUCAUGCAUAGAGGAUAAAAAUCCUUGCGUAUUUUUUGAACCUAAAAUACUUUACAGAGCAGCAGUGGAACAAGUUCCUGUGGAACCCUACAACAUCCCACUCUCCCAAGCCGAAGUUAUUCAGGAAGGCAGUGAUGUCACCCUGGUUGCCUGGGGCACUCAGGUUCAUGUGAUUCGGGAAGUGGCUUCCAUGGCACAGGAAAAACUUGGAGUGUCUUGUGAAGUCAUUGAUCUGAGAACUAUUAUACCUUGGGAUGUGGACACGGUUUGCAAGUCUGUGAUCAAGACAGGGCGGCUGCUGAUCAGCCACGAGGCUCCUCUGACUGGCGGCUUUGCAUCAGAAAUCAGCUCUACUGUUCAGGAAGAAUGUUUCUUGAACCUAGAGGCACCCAUAUCAAGAGUAUGUGGAUAUGACACACCAUUUCCUCACGUUUUUGAGCCAUUUUAUAUCCCAGACAAAUGGAAGUGUUAUGAUGCCCUUCGAAAAAUGAUCAACUACUAACCCAGCAGGUAGGGAAAUGAGAAGAUUGUGACUAGAUAUGGAAAUAUUUUUUCUGAAUUUUUUGUAUUUCUUCAGAAUUACUCAUUCUUCAAGAUAAGUAUUGUCUGAA